UUUCUUUCUUUAUUAGAUGGGAAGAAAGUCAAGGUUGAAAGCAAUGAAAAGAGCUUCAAAAAAAGAUAAAAGCAAAAAUGGUGCUGCCAAGGAAAUGCGGGACGCAUCCACACAGACACCCGAAGAGACACAACUAGUUUUAGUUCCCACUGAUUAUCCCCAAGGAUUAAUAUGGGAUGAACAACAGAUGCCAAGAGUUACUACAGAAGAGAUUAUCACGAGUGAUAUAAUUGAAGAUAAAAAGAAUGUUUCGGAAGCUGCUGUUGUGGAUAAGACUGAAAAGCUUGAAAAGACUGAAAAGAGCUUAAAUAAAAAUGACUAGUUAGAUAUUUUUAUCCAGACACUAAAAAUUUCUUCUGUCAACAGUAGGCUGUCUACGUUUUACCAUCUAUAUUUUAAUUUUAUUUAAUCUUUUCCAAAAAUUCUUCCUCGAUAUUCAUAUCGUGGAUCGUUGCUAAUCAAUCUACAGAAUAUCUUGAAAUUUACUGAAAAUGUUGCUUUAAAUCAUUUAAUAAUUACUUAUUUUAUUAAUGAUUUGUUUCAUCUCAACUCACAGUUGGGGAAUUUAUUCACAUAUUGUAUAUGUGACAAAAAUACUUCUAUAUUAUUAUGGGGAUAUUUAAUAUUAAAAAGUUGACAGUUUUGCUAUGAUCAAAUUGAUUUGGGUGGGAUGGUACUGUUAUGUCUGCCAGAUUACAUUAUCUUCGUACAGUCAUAAAAAGUUUUUAAAAAGUAUUAAAUGCAUUAAAUAAUAUUUACAAUGAUUCCAUUAUCAAUAUAGAAAAAAGAUUUGAGAUUUACAUCCUUACAUAUAACUGACACAUUCAUUCACAGGUGAUUAGUUUUAAAGUGCAAAUGAUCCAGUGAACAUAUCAUUUACUGAUUACUUAAUUAUCCACUUCAUAGACAAGCAGCUAUUAUUUUGAGUUUCACUUAUGCAUAACGGUAUUGUAUACCACUUAUAAGGGCUUUUAGAAAUAAGUACUGAUUAAGCAUAAACCUAAAUUAUGAUAAAUGAAUACAGUGACCUGAAUAAAUUGUUAAUAAAUUCUUUUAGGAUGAAUAUAUAUGACUUUUGGUAUCAUGUGUUACUUAUCUUGGAAAUGCUUGAAAAAGAAUACGGAAAUUAAAGAUUUCAGUCUUCCAAAUAAAAAGCAAGUGAAAGUUACAUGAAAAAAAAUUCAUGUUAUUAAAGUAAACCGAAAAUUAUUUGAAAAAUUUGUUAAUUAAAAUGUUAUCUGCUUUUGAUUUAUCAUAAUUUUCUUAUUUUGUAGCUUUUUUAAAACAUAUAAUGAAAGCAUAAAUUUGUCUUUUAAUCAUUUUGUUUUUUAAUUGCUAUUUAAUAGCAGUUGAAUUUAAUUGAUAAAAGUCAAAUUCAUAUCGUAAAAUGUAGCUUCAAGCCUGCGCUGGCGUAAUGUGUGUGUGUAUGUAGCUCAUUUGGUGACUGGAAAAAUGCCCACAGGAAUAAUGCUCACAGAUAUAAAUGCUCACAGGAAAAAAUACCACACAGAAAUAUGCCCACACAGUAAAAAGCUC